GGGGCUCCUGGCUUUGAGCUGGAAACUGUGGCAGGAGGACUCAGGCCCCACUAGAAACACCCUUUAGUGUCGGGACCCCAGGAACCAGUCCUCCAUCUGGCGAGGGAUAUUGGGUUGUGGCCUUCCUCCAGGUGCUCCCCAGGAAGAGGAGCCGCCCCCCCCUCCCGGGGACCUAUAGGCCUAGCCUUCGACCCUGGGGACACCCAGCCCAGCCUGCCCCAGGGCUGACAAGUCAGGGGCAGCAAAUUUUUAACUAACACAUUGAUCAUUAACAGGGGUCGGAAGGGGUCCAAACUCAGCCUCCCGUAGGGACAGAGACGAGCUGGGCCUCAGGCUUCCUGUGGAGAUGCUGGGCCCCCGGGUCUGGUCCUCUGUGAGGCAGGGGUUGAGCAGGGGCUUCUCUAGGAAUGUGGGGGGCCGGGCCUCAGGGGAGGGGAGGAAGGUGGACAUCGCGGGCAUCUAUCCCCCUCUGACCACCCCCUUCACUGCCACCUCGGAGGUGGACUAUGGGAAACUGGAGGAGAAUCUGCAGAAACUGGGCGCCUUCCCCUUCAAAGGCUUUGUGAUCCAGGGCUCCAAUGGCGAAUUCCCCUUCCUGACCAGCAGUGAGCGCCUGGAGGUGGUGAGCCGCGUGCGCCAGGCCAUGCCCAAGGACAAGCUCCUGGUAGCUGGCUCUGGCUGCGAGUCUACUCAGGCCACGGUGGAGAUGACCGUGAGCAUGGCCCAGGUCGGGGCUGACGUCGCCAUGGUGUUGACUCCUUGCUACUAUCGUGGCCGCAUGAGCAGCGCUGCCCUCAUUCACCACUACACCAAGGUCGCUGACCUCUCUCCAAUUCCUGUGGUGCUGUACAAUGUCCCAGCCAACACGGGGCUAGACCUGCCUGUGGACACGGUGGUCACGCUCUCCCAGCACCCAAAUAUCAUUGGCAUCAAGGACAGCGGUGGUGAUGUGACCAGAAUCGGGCUGAUGAUUCACAAGACCAGGAGGCAGGAUUUCCAGGUGUUGGCUGGAUCGGCUGGCUUCCUGCUGGCCAGCUAUGCCGUGGGAGCUGUGGGGGGCGUGUGUGCCCUGGCCAAUGUCCUGGGGGCUCAGGUGUGCCAGCUGGAGCGACUCUGCCUCACAGGGCAAUGGGAAGAUGCCCAGAAGCUACAGCUCCGCCUCAUUGAGCCGAACACUGCGGUGACCCGGCGCUUCGGGAUCCCGGGGCUGAAGAAAGCCAUGGACUGGCUUGGCUACUACGGAGGCCCCUGCCGGGCCCCCUUGCAGGAGCUGAGCCCUGAGGAGGAGGAGGAGCUGCGCCUGGAUUUCACCAACAAUGGCUGGCUCUGAGGGCAAAGAGGGGACAGGCGGGAGCCCAUCUCAGCUCCUGGCUUGUACUCGCAGCCC